AGUUUUGUGCUUUGGUGUCAUUACUUGUCAAUAUCAGCUGGGGUCGGCUGGAUUGCUCCCUUUCGAAUUCAAGGUCUGCAACUUUGGAUUUUAGUGAGAAAUGAAUGUAUUAAUGUAAUUGUUAACGAAUGUAAAUCGACAUUGUCGUACGCGGUGGUGCUGUUUUGUCCUUAAUAAGUUAUCAGUAGACAAAAUUCACGGUGUGAACGCUUAGUGCAACAAUCAAAGUUUUCGUGAAUAUGACUUCGGUAUUAGAAGAUAUCUGCGAACUCUUGGACAGUUACAACGGGAGAGAUAAGGUUGUGAGAUUAGCUUGCUAUGUAUUCAAGCUGUAUGGCUGUAUUAAAGAUGAGAAGCCGUGGCAGACGGCUGGAUCGAGGCUCUCCGGUGCCAGGCUGAUGCUGCGCCUGUUUGAUGACAUCCCUAUGAUUAGACACACAUACAACUAUGGCCUUGGCAGGCAUGAAUCCACAAGGGUAGCAGCUGCAUUAGGUGUGCUCGCCAACAUGGUGGACCAAGCGUUUCUGCCUGUGGAAAAAAUAUGUUGGCUGAAUGAUGUAGGAGUUUUGAAACUGAGCCCUCAGACAGCAUAUGUAUUUGAAACGAUCAGCACCGGAUUAUGGGCCGCCAGUCUCUACAUCUCUCUGAUACAAACUAUCCGCUCGAUCCGCCAGCUGUCCUGGAGUCGAGACUGCCUAAAGAAAUCUUCAGAGAACGCCGACACGGAUGCAAGGAGGAAACUCGAUGUGCGAUUAACAUUACAAUACGUGACCGCCGCGAAACAGUGUCUGGACAUCACACACGCGGUCAGCUGCCUGCCCUCUGGCUGGCUUUGGGGCGAGAAGAUAGGCUCCACAACCGUCGCAGCUAUUGCGACCACGUCCUCUGUCAUCGGCAUAGCGAUGUACUUCGCGAGGAAACGAUUAUUAAAAUAGUUAACGCCAUAUGUAUUGUGGUAACAUGGUGUGGUUGUGGUGGUGUAUGGUAUUUAGACACUAUUAAGAAAUUAAAGUGAGAUUCCAAGUUGGUGAUGUUUUAUAAACAUUUUCAUAGGUUUUAUGGUGUACUAGCAAUCCGACCCGGCUUUGCACAUGUAGACAGAAUUAUAGAAAAUCAAUACAUAUAAUAAAAAAAGUUUCAGCCAAUUUUAUAUGUUAUUCUUUAAUUUGACAUAACUUUUUUAUUUAUGAACCGAUUGACAUGAAACAAACACUAAAUGUUAAGUGGAACAAAUCGCAAUGCACUAGUGAUAUUGCAUAGAAAUCGGUUAAGCCGUUUAUGAGAUUAACGUGCACAAACGUACAGAUAGAAAAUUAAAAAAACCAUUGUUUUGGUUUCUAUUGCGUUCAUAAAGCCCCUCUAUAAUAGUGUUUCUUCUAUAUCUUCCAUGUACAGACAGCGACCAGUUACGAUUUUGUUAUAUGUAUUGAUAAAGCAAUGACGCUGUAAUUGUCGACAAUUCAAUAUACACAUAUAUUGAAGAAACAGAAUUUUAAUUAUCAUGAAAUUGCGUCUGAGUGUCGACCGCAUUGAAACACAUUUCAAUGUGGUCGACACUACAUUCCAUGACGUAAUUCCAUGGUAAUUAAAAUUCUGUUUACCACAUUAUUACUAUAAACCGGCCAGGAUUUUUUUUAUGGGUAUAAAUGGUAUGGUAACCCCGCCUGCGUUGACGGAGCAUCAGUGAAGGGUGAUAGAUGAGAAUGAAAACAGGCUAGUUAGCCCAUCAUGAUGAAUUCAGGAAUCAACCAUGAUAGUUUCCAGGGGGAACCGCGAGGAGGUCGACAUGGUUGGGUAUAUUGCUAGUAAUGGGAUUCUCAGUCUACAUUAUUAAUAAUUCCUUUCCCCCCAAUCGGCCAGGAUUAAAGUAAUUUUUGCUCAAAUCUAUUAUAAAUUUCAUACUGAUCAUAUAAUUUCGAUUUAACAUCGAAAGGAUAUAUCAUAAUUUCCAUAGAAUACAAAAUUGAAAUCAUAUUGAUGUAUUUUUACACUGUGACAUUGGUUUUUAUUCAAUUUAUAGUAUAUUUUGAUAACUUAAUUUUUUUUAUGUUGGACGUAAAAAGCAUUUAUCUGUAAAUAUAUUUGAUUAAUUAAUAGUAACAUAUGUAGAUAGGAAGAACUAAAACGUAAACAGAAAGAUAAUGGCAAUUAUUGCAAAAUAGAGUAAAAAAUUGUAAGUGAUACAUACAAUAUUUGAUAUAUAUGAUUACAUACAAUGAUACUUGUAUGUAAGGUUUCCGUAAGAUUAAAUAUUAUAAUUGUGUUAUAUAUCUUUUUAAUUAUAUAUAUAUAUAUUUAUACAGAUGUUCAUUUAUUUUUGUAACAGGUACAGUCGGUAAUAAAAGUAGCUAUGUAGAAAAUGUUGAAUUACAAAUAGCAUUGAUAUAGUAUUGUACGCCAAUAGAUGGCGUAACGCGUCUCGGGUGAUCGCCAUCUAUUGGCGUAAACUAUCAAAUGGACCACAUAAAUAGCUUUUAAAUUUAUAUUUUUAAGUAAACUUUUGUAAUAUACUGUCUGUACAUAAAUGUUAUUUGCAAUUAAUAAUCUUCCUACCUUUGUCUCAAUUAUUAUUGCCAAAUAAAUAAAAGUAGCGGUAUUAGGAAAAUUUAUAUUACUUAAAUACUAUGUUAAGAAUUUUCAAAAAUCAAAUGUAAUAAAAAAUAAUUAGACGAUGGUUACUUUCCAUCAUGUGGUCAGUUUGCUCGUCAUUUUAAGUAUCAUAAAUUAGUUUAUGAUCUAUUAAUUAUCUAAUAGAUCAUAAAUUGGAUUUUAAAAAUAAUUUGAUCAUCAAAUCCGACCUAAAUAAAUAUUUUGUAAGCAUUCCCAUGAUAAUGGAAGCAAUUGCAAAUUUAAUGUUUUCUUUGAAAUUACUGAUAUUUUACUAAUAUGGCUACUUGUAAAUCUUUCUUGUUUUACAAAUUUUACAUGGGUAUGUGUGAUAAAUGGAAUUUAUCAUAAAUUUUUAUGAAUAUGAAUAUAUGUUGGGUAUUAAAAGAAUUUUAGAACUGACACUGAUGUAUAUAAAUCUAUUAAAAUAU